CUAGAGCCAAGAGCUCCAUCCAUUUCAUUUCCUCCACUCUCUAAAAAGUAGACCAGCCAGGGGAGAGAAGUGAGGCAUCGAAGGAAGCCCCCACCAUGGCGGCCAACGGCAAGAGCAGCUUGGCGAACGGCGCCUCCACCGGGGGAAAGCCCAUCAAAUGCAAAGCGGCGGUGGCGUGGGGGCCCGGCGAGCCGCUUGUGAUGGAGGAGGUGGAGGUGGCGCCGCCGGGGCGCCUGGAGGUGCGCGUGAAGCUGCUCUUCACCUCCAUCUGCCACACCGAUCUCAGUUUCUUGAAGGGAGAGAACGAGCUGCACCGCAAGUUCCCCCGCAUCCUGGGCCAUGAGGCAGCCGGAGUGGUGGAGAGCGUGGGGGACGGGGUGGAGGAUCUGGCCGCCGGCGACCAUGUGAUCCCCAUCUUCAACGGCGAGUGCGGGGCGUGCGCCUACUGCGAGUCCGAUCGGACAAACCUGUGCGGGACCUACCGCGUGGACGCUUCCAAGAGCACCAUGGUCUCUGACGGCGGCACCAGGUUCUCCGUAGCGGACCGCGUGUCCGGCCGCACCGUGCCGGUCUACCACUUCCUCAACACCUCAACCUUCACCGAGUACACCGUGCUGGACGCGGCCUGCGCCGCCAAGGUCAACCCCGAGGCACCACUGCAAAAGAUGUGCCUCCUCAGCUGUGGCAUCUCCACAGGAGUUGGGGCUGUAUGGAACACAGCCAACGUUUCCGCGGGCUCCACCGUUGCGAUUUUCGGCCUUGGCGCUGUCGGGCUCGCGGUUGCUGAGGGUGCCAGGCUACGAGGGGCAGCUCGGAUCAUCGGUGUUGACAUAAACCCUGAAAAGUUCACCAAAGGGAGAGAGAUGGGCGUCACUGACUUUGUCGACUCCAGGGCCUCUGACAAACCGGUGCACGAGGUGAUCAGGGAGAUGACCCAUGGAGGUGUCGACUACAGCUUUGAGUGUACCGGGAUCAACGGCGUGCUGCGAGAGGCCUUCGUGUCCACGCAUGACGGUUGGGGCCUGACGGUGGUGCUGGGGAUCCAUGCGACGCCCAAGAUGCUGCCGCUGCACCCGAUGGAGCUCUUCGACGGCCGUCGGAUCACCGCCUGCGUCUUCGGUGACGUCAAGGGGAAGUCCCAGCUGCCGGCCAUCGUCGACAAGUGCGUCAACGGGGACCUGGAUAUAAACCUUGACGGGUUCAUAACACACAGGAUGCCCUUCUCGGACAUCAACAAAGCCAUCCAGUUGCUGGAGGAAGGCAAGUCCCUUAGAUGCGUGCUCAACCUCUGAUGGACAUGGACCGACCACCACACAUGCAUGCGUGGGAGAUUAUUGUCCUUGGUUAGUUUGGUUACUACAGAAAUAAUCAAAUAAAUAUAGAAUCCGCAGUGUGUGUCGAGUUGUACAAUUCACGUGUGCACCAGUGCUACUUUAUUGUAAAGGAGGGUGUGAUUGAAGCCAACUAGUAGCAGCAGGGCACAAGUGUUGUUUCUAUCGUACAUGUGCUGUGAUGUCUCAAAGUUAUCUCGGUUCUCACAACACAACUUAUUGUCAUAAAAUAUGCUGAUCUUUGAUUUUACAUAACAAACUUGUUUCGCU